UUUUGCCCCAAAAGGACUAAAAAUGCAAAUCUUAAGGAAAAGUUUAUAGUAUGGAUAAUCAAAGUCAUCUACAUCAAAUGCUUCAAAGUCAUCAAUCAUUUUGGAAAAAAAGUUCUCAAGCUGUUCCAGGCAGGCUUAGUUUGAAGCAAGAUUAUGAAGAUGAAAAAAAUUUCAUUGGAAAUACAUAUGCAAAUCCAGGAUGCACUAGAAUAGUUAGUGGUGGUCCAGCAUCUUUUCAAGAUUUUCAAGAAAGUAUUAAUGAUGCCUGGGACUUAGGAGAUGAUGAGUUUUGUUUGGUUUCAGACAUUAAAAUAUCUAAGAAAGUUAGUGAGUCAGCAGCCUUGAAUGUGAUUAAUCACCAUCGUUCAAGCACAAUAGAUGCAUCACCCCAAACUACUAACAGAGAAAAUAAUCAUUAUGGAACAGCUUAUAAAGAAAAGAAAACAGAAGUGCUACAAAAACCAGCUGCUCAACCUCAUUACACAAAUAGUACAAACUUGAGUACGAAUAUUCUGAAACAAAAUUUGAGUAUCGAUAAAGUGAAUAAAACUAUAACAUUACCAAACGUAUGUCACCAUCGUUACGUGCAAUAUCCUGGAAGGCCUCAACCUUUACGGCAACCCAACACAAGUGGAAAAUUUUUUAUACCGUCAAAGGGGCAAGAUGGAGAAAGUAAAAUUGAUAAAUUUAAAGCACUCGUAGAAACGUCAUUACUCAAUCUUGAUGAUUUAAGACAGUUAUCAUGGUCUGGUAUACCUGCAAAGUUACGUUCAAUUACAUGGAGGCUGUUAUCUGAGUACCUACCAGCAAGUUUUAAACGUAGGCAACAUGUACUGGAACGAAAACGCUUAGACUAUUGGAACUUAGUAAAACAGUACUACGACACAGAAAGAGACGAAGGAUUUCAAGAUACAUAUAGACAAAUUCAUAUAGAUAUACCACGAAUGUCACCCCUUAUUUCUAUUUUUCAACAAUCAACUGUUCAAAUAAUUUUUGAAAGAAUACUGUAUAUAUGGGCCAUUAGACAUCCAGCUUCAGGAUAUGUUCAGGUAGAAGUUUACUGA